UUUACUGCUCGGGGCCGAAUUGCACUUUAUGACGUAGCAAUACGGGAGGGCUCAUUCCUUCCACUUAAACCUUCUGACACGGAAUAGUUAUUAUUGAGAUAAAUUUGUACUCCGCUCCCUUUGGAUUAGGGGGAAAUGCCGCCGAUAAUAAUUCACAAUUUUGCAACUGUUUUUAUUCGCCGACACGUCUGCGACUCGACGAAUCACUAUAUGGCCUCACCCGUUUACGUCAGAAUCCGACGGAACGUAAAUGUUUGCAAGAGUCGAAAGGAAAACAAAUUUCAAUUCAAUCCAGAUUCGUGGCAACAUACACUUUCUUGACGACGAACAGAUAAUCCAUCCUGUCGGCCGAGUCAUCGUCGUCGAUAACAUCAACACCAACCAACAGAGCUACAUACGACUUCCUGAAACUGGGAAAACCAUCACAAUCAUGUGCAUGUCGCCCAAUAGAAAGCAUUUGGCUGUGGCAGAAAAAUCAGCCAGGCCGACAAUAUCGGUGUUUUGCAUGAUGACAAAGAGACGGAUCAAAGUACUCAACAAUCCAAUCGAAGGCUGCACGUCAGAUUAUUUCGCAGACAUAUGUUUUACCUGCGACAACAAGACGCUCGUCGCCAUGGCCGGGGAGCCGGACUGGCUUCUGCUUUUUUACGACUGGGAAAGAGGAGUGGUAGACAACGACACGAAGGCGCUUUCGAAGAAAAGCAAAACCAUCAUCCACCAGAUCUGUUGUCACCCAUCGGACAAAAACAUAAUUGUCCUCGUGGGAAAUGAAGUUUUCCGUAUGAUGAAUUGCGUUGAAAAUAAUUGGCAGCAGUACGGAUACAGAAGAACUGAGAGUGUCGUAAUAACAAAAGUCUGUUGGAUUUCUUCAAUCUACGCCAUAGCUGGAACGAAAGACGGAAGGCUGCUGGCGAUGGAAUACGGUGAUCUCAAAGGUGUUUACAGGGCUGCGGGAAUUAAUGAAAUCGAUCUCAAAAUCCAAGAAGAGUUUGAAACAAAGCAAAUUACCGAAGCAAUUGACCUUACAAAACAUGACUUAAGUGGAGCCCAUGAAGUGAGAGCUUUGACAGCCUAUGGUUAUGGAUUUGCAUACUCCUGCUCGGUCGGAUCGGUGAUCGUUUUCGAAAAGGUUGAAAAAACAACCUACAACACAAAAUGGUUUAAAAGAGGAACUUAUCUUGCUGGAGGGCACUCAAUUGGCAACUUAGACUUGAAUUUAAUAGACGUGGUUCAAGAAAUAACAGUGAGCCCAGAUGAGAAAACGCUACUUUGCACUACCCUUCGAAAUGAAAUAUUCUACGGACCUUUACAAGACUUAAAUACCUGGAAAGAAAAGCCAAUAGUGCCUUUGAAUAAGUUGUUUAAUGGUAUGCAUCAAGGACCUAUAGCUACUGUAUCUUCGGCAGUUUGGAAGACCUUGUUCGUCUCUGUAGGCCUGGUAGACAGAACUGCCAUCAUAUGGGACUACAAAACCAGAGAGAUGCAAUUUCACAAAGAAUUCCAAGACGAAAUAUAUAGCGCUACGAUGCAUCCAACAGGUUUUUACUGUUUAAUCGGGUUCACGGACAAACUGAAAUUGCUCGUCAUAUUCAUAGACAACAUGAAAACAAUCAGGCAUGCUGAUAUUAAAGCUUGCCCCCUUGUGGAGUUUUCAUGCGGCGGGCAUCUUUUCGGGGCUGUGAACGGCGUUUACAUCGAAGUCUAUUCGGCGAUAACUUUUCUCCAGCUUCAUGUCUUAAAAGGACAUGUCGGUCCUAUUUGUGCCCUACGAUUCUUAAGAGGAGAUUUCUACAUGUACUCUUGUGGACAAGAAGGAUCAGUAUAUAAAUGGGAUUUGUACAAGGGUACACGCGACAUGGACCUGUUCACUCGGGAAAAUGGAAAUUUCGACAUAACCGCUUCUAAAGAUGGAAAUUUGGUUUACAUAGUCGGCACAGAUGGAACCCUCAAAGAAUUGUGUAACGGAGAAGUAGAAAGGAGUUUCAACUUGCAUCAGUGGUCAUUAUAUACAGUAGCCCUUGCGAAUUCCAACGACAUGAUGUUCGUCGCUGGUGAAAAUGGCGCCGUACUUUCAAUUGCUUAUCCAAUUUCGACGAAAAUCUAUUGCGAAGAGUACAUAAUGCACACGAGUCCUGUCAAAAAGGUGAUCGUUACUCAUCGUGAAAUCACCCUAUUAUCGAUAAGCGAAGAUGGAGCCUUGUGCAUGUGGGAAAUUGUCCACCCAGAUCAAUCUGACGUAAAACAGGACGACUACAAAUUUUUGACGGAAAUCAUGGUCAAUUUAGAAGAAUGGAAGGAAAACAAAAAAAAACUACAAGGUAUGAAAACGAGACUGGACGAGAUAGACGAAGAAAAUGAGUACAUCAUGAGACAAGUUGUCGCCACCCAUGAAAUCGGGCUUAAAGAAAUUCAUCGCAACUACAGUACAACAAUAACCGACCUUCAAAACAAAAUAAAGUUACUUGAAAAAUCCCAUUUAAAAGAAAUCGGCGAAUGCAACUCUGUCAUCACUUUGAAUAACCAAAAAUUCGCCAAUGAUUUAGAUGAACUUGAGAAGGUCUAUGGUGCUAAAGUAGCAGAAGAGUCCAACAGGAGUCAAAAUAUGCUAAUGGCGACUAAAAAGUUUAUGAAAGACUAUUGGAGUAAACUACAAUUGUUGGAGAAAUCAUCACAAGAAGCAAUGGAAAUGCUAGCGAGUCGAAAAAACAGGAUUAUAUUAGAUAAAAUCAAAGAGAUUUAUGAAAUGAAGAGCAAAAUAUAUGAGUUAAAAGCUGCCCAUACGAGCAUGAAAGAACAGAUUGAAAAUGAUUGCGACAAAGAGAUCAAUGAGAUCAGGGCCAACUAUGAAAUAAAGUUAUCCAAACAGGAAGAAAUAAACAUUAAGCUCUCAAGUGAAAAUGGGCUUAUAAUGAAGCGCAGCAAUUUAUUAGAAGACAAAAUAGCCAACAACCUCCAAAUAAUAGCCAAUCUCCAGUGUGAGAAGGACAGUCUACUAAAUGUAAUUAAGGAUUUAAACAGGGAAAUUCAUAACUUGAAACUAGAAGUGGCAGAGAGGGAAUGGGUUAUACAGAAAAAAGAUGAAUUAGUUGUCCAAGCAAACAGAAACAGAGAAGACUUUCUUAAGGAAAAAUAUGUCAGAGACAUCAGAAUUGAUACUCUCAAAGAGAAGCUUGAACCUCUUGAAAUACGUUAUAAAAGAAUGGUUGAUCUUUACAACGAGUUAGAGAUUGAGUUAGACAAGAAAAACUCUAUUAUUGUUCAACUGAAAAAAAUUGGUGAAGGCAUGACCAAAAGAUGCCUGGGGCUGAGCAAAGAGCUAAAAAUACUGAGGGAGAGGAGAGACGAUGCUGUCCACUUACUCAAGAAGAUGAAGAGCGCCAUUCAUACCUGCGCAGCUGUCGCUUUUGAACCCAAACUUCUCAAUGAAAGUGUACUGAAAAUGUAUCAGACAUAUGUCUCUACUGAGACCGAAGAGGAUAUUAGAAGGGAGAUAAAAACAAACGCUGAAUUCAUGUACCAACGGAAACAUUUGGAAGCAACAGUGAAACAUUUGAAAGCCCUUUUAAAUAAAAAACCACGGUUAGUUGUUUACCCUAAAAGGCAAUCACCAAAAGAAAACAAUUACGUGGCUAAACUUUUAUCAGAAAUUGACUGGCUCAAAUACAAAUUGAAACGUAUGAAUGAAAAAGCGCACCUUUUGGAAAAACUGGCUGGUAUAAAGCACGGUGAUCAAAAGUAUCUGAGGGCCAAAGAACGUUUUGAAAAUGCCAUCAAGACGAGUCAUGGUAUGAAGGAGAAACAUGUGGAACAAUGGGAUUUUAAAUUGGCAGUCAAUCUCUUAUUAAGAGAGCUUGAAAUCCAGCACAAGAUAAGCAUUGAAGAACUGCAAAACAGAAUUAACACAACUUUUGGUGACGACAUUGGCAAAAGAUUUAACAGGGCGUUACGAAAUAGAGGUCUGACUGUAUUAGAAAAACAUAUUAUGGAUUUACACUCCGAUGAUGAUGAUGACGAAGAAGAAGAACAAGAUCAGCCUAGUGUUGAAUAAAAUGCUGAGUUAAUUUUUAAGAUUAUAUUUGUACAAUAUCCACACUAUGUACUUAUGUACAAUAAAAGUGUUUGUAUUUUUUAUAUUUAUUAACAAUCUUAAAAUAAUAUAAGGGUUGAGGUUAAAAGGAAUUGCCCUCUUUAUGACCUUGCGAACCAUGACCAAUAUUGUGCAAUCUCCAUCAUUGCCUCUUUGUCAGGAUAAAUCACACAUGAUCCGCUGUUUCUUCAUGACAAUUGCACAGGUUUUUCUGAUAUUUUGCAGGUUAGGUAGGGUUUCAGGAUCAGGGAUGAUUUGUAUAAGUUAGAUUAAAGGGUUAAAUGUUAAAAGAAGGAACCUCUUUAUGAAUUUGCGCACCGCUACCAAUAUUGGCCUUUUGUGCAAUCACCAUCAUUGUUUUGAGAAUGAAACUUUUUUACCAGAUCACAAAGCAUUGGUAUGGGCUUCCACUACUUCAGGCCUG